AUGGCGAACGCGACCAUCGAUGAGAUUAAGGCCGGCAUAGAGGCCCGGAUAGACCAAGCACGCAAGGAAGCCGUGUCUGACACUUGCUCGGGGUUCCUUUACACUCUGUGGUUGAACCAUCCUGAGAUGGACUUCUUUGGUGAAGAGGCCGUCGAGGAGGUAAAACAGUACGCGAUUGAAGCUGUUGAGGUCGCUGAGGCUUCUACCCCGCUGAACUCAUCCGAGAUCGCCUCCCUAGCUGCAAACGUCGAGAUCCAGCCAACCGAAGCUGCCGAGCUACCGGAAGAUAAGUUGGAAGCACGAAGGUUGAGAGCUCGAGUAGCUUGGUACUGCAUUUACGACGAUAGAUUAUAUAAGAGAGGGUUUUCAGCCCCGCUUCUGAGGUGCAUUGAUGGCACUGACUGUCAAACCGUGCUGAAAGAGAUUCACGCGGGUCACUGCGAUAAUCAUGCCAGAGCACUUUCAUUGGCGCAGAAGGCACUUCGACAAGGGUUUUACUGGCCCACAAUAAAGCAAGAUGCCAUAGAGCUGGUCAAGAGAUGUGACAAGUGCCAAAUGUUUGCUAAAGUCUCGCGAGCUCCUCUAACCUACCUAAAGCAGAUGAGCAGCCCAUGA